AGUCGAUUGAAAAGAUUCUUUCAGUUUUGGACUGAGGAGAAGAAAGAAAGGAAGGAACACAGAGGAGCCUUGUGCUCUACUUCUAUUCUAUUCUAGGGUUUCAGACAGAAAUGGGAAGCCGAAAAGAGGAAGAGCGAAACGAGAAGAUCAUUCGAGGUCUUAUGAAGCUUCCUCCCAAUCGAAGAUGCAUCAACUGCAACAGCCUGGGUCCUCAGUAUGUGUGCCCCAACUUCUGGACUUUUGUUUGCACCACUUGCAGUGGCAUACAUCGUGAAUUCACGCAUCGUGUGAAGUCAGUAUCUAUGUCUAAGUUUACAUCACAAGAAGUCAAGGCACUUGAAAAUGGUGGUAAUCAGCGUGCAAGGGAAAUAUAUUUGAAAGAUUGGGACCUUCAAAGGCAGCGAUUUCCCGACAGCAGUAAGGUUGAUAAAAUCCGUGAUUUCAUAAGAAGUGUAUAUGUUGAUAGAAAAUAUGCUGGAGGAAGAACCUUGGAAAAACCUCCGAGAGAUAUGCAGAACCAUAGAUUCCGUGAAGAUGAGACAAGACGUGCCAGUUCAUAUCAUUCUUAUUCUCAAAGUCCACCUUAUGAUUAUCAGUAUGAAGAUCGACGAUAUGGAAAGCAAGCUGCUGCACUUACCAGGAAGCCUGGUUCUGAUCGAGGUCGAUAUGAAGGAAAGCUAUCUAGUUUUGAUUACAGUGCUGGUCGUUUAAGUGAACAAAUGUACGAGGAGAGGUUUGAAAUCGAUGGCUCUGGUUCCAGAAUUUCAGAUUACUCUGUGUCAAGUGGAGGUGAUGCAUCCAAAUCUCGAGUACAGUCUCCUAAUUUUCAGGACAUUGGCUCUAGCAGUCCAUCUUUCCAGCGUUCGCAGGAUAAUAGUGAUGUGAGGUGCCAAGAAAAAAGUACAGUUUCUGAGACAAAUGUCAACAGAGAAACAGCAGUGAUGCCAUAUUCGCAGAGAACUGUAUCCUUGGGAAGUUAUGGCUCACUGGAUAGCUAUUCCAUGUCUCUGAAGUCAUUUAAUUCAGGCGGUUCAAUAGACACUGUCUCUGAACCUGAACAAUAUGCUGGAGCCUUAGGGGACAAACCAACUUCUUUAUCAUCUCUUUUUGUAACUUCUGAUAGAUUGGAUCCCUUCAGGGCCCCUGUUCAACCAGAAGAAAUCCCUUCUAUUGAUCUGUUUCAGCUACCAGCAACAUCUUCAUCUAUUUUCAUAGAUUCAUUUCAACCAUCUGAAUUGUCUUCUUCGUCGUCUUCGAAUGUACACCCACCUCCUCAGGCAUCGACACCUUUGGAUUUAUUUGCUGAUUUUCCUCAGCACCUUUCAACUGCCAAACAAGUACAAGAAUCUGUCCCUAAAAGUGUAGGAUGGGCAACAUUUGAUACACCACAGUCCUCAGCUUCUAUUUCAGGGACUGAUAAUAGUAUACCUGCAAGUAUAGCUUCCAAUGAUGGAGCCUCUACUGGAAAUUUUGAUCUAUUCACGUCAUCAAAUACAGGCAUGCAGUGGCCAUCGUUUGUGACCAUUUCUAAUCCAUGGAGUGAUAAUUUGUCCAAUUUUACUGCUCCAAAUACUACAGCAAGUACUCAGUCAUGGAAGGCUUUUGAAGAUUCUAUUGGAGAUCUUCCUUUGGAGGGCAUCAAGAAGAGUAGUGAAUCAGUAGCAACAGACGAGCUUUUGUCAGUUGGUGACCAGUAUUUGGAUGACUCUAGUACAGAUGGGAUUCAAAUUGCUGCUUCCCAAGGUGAACCCCAUGAUCCUGGUCUACCAUCACAUGUCUUGGGGCCAUCAUAUACUCUACAAGUCCUACCUCAUAUGGGUGAAAUUAAUGCGCAUGCCUCUGAGCACAGAUCAAAUAACCCUUUUGACCUGCCUUACGAUAUAGAUCUGGAGGAGACCAAUAUGUUUUUGGACAUGAGCGCUUUACAAGCAUCUCUCCCAAAUACUCAGUUGCAGUCCUCUUUUCUCAGUGGUGUAUCUCAACCAUGGUUUCACGAGAAUGCAGUGACUGUGAUGCCUUAUGUUCCAGCUGCAGCAGAGGGUGGCUUAACAUAUUUACCAGGGCAAGCACAGAGUACUCAAAUACAGAAUGUACCAAUACAGGGCCCUGUCGCAUCCAUUGGAGGAAAUCCUUUUGCAUAGUAAUGGCAGAAUAGUAUUUGGGUCAUUUUUAGUUGAUAGUACUGGGAACAGUUUUUAAUGCUUUUAUUUUGUUUGUAUUUUUUAGAAAAUAAAAGCUCGCCUUCAUCAUAUCUCCAAGGCUGUGAAGUUAUUUUUCACAUUGAUAUAUUUUAACCGUAGAACACUAGUGCAUGAUUUUCCAUCAGUUGCUAUUUAACACUAGU